UUCACAGCAGAUGACCACUUCAGGGGAUGGAGUUUUUCUGGGGAGGUGUGAGCGUUUCCUCAGACGGCACCAGAGCUUGAAUGAAUUUGCUCCACAUGCUGCACAGUGAUGGAGUAUUUCUCAGGAUUUGUGUUGCCAUUUGAACAGCAACAAGUGGCGCAUUUGGUGGUUUCCUAAAACAACAAAAAAACAACAAAAAAAGAGGACACGAAUGCCGCACAAGUGCCACCAGCGCUGCGGGGAUGGAUACAGGCUAUUUCCUGGCGAGGGUUUGCUUUUUCCUGCUGUCCCUCCGUGGAUUCACCUCGUCCUCCUCCUCCCAUGAUGUGGGAGUUUGUCCCAUCCGCUGUGACUGCCAACAUGCACAGCAUCUCAUGUGCGCCAACCGGGGUUUGCACACCGUGCCACUUCAAAGCAGCAAACGGGAGGAGGUGCUGGUCUUCAGUCUGGGAGGGAACUUCAUCGGAAACAUCUCUGCUCUUGACCUUGUAAGGUACACCGCCUUAGCAAGGUUAGAUUUACAGUUCAAUCAAAUCCGAAACAUCCACCAUGAGGCGUUUGAGAGUCUGUCCAGUUUGGAAGAGCUCUACUUGGGACAUAAUCAUUUAGCGAACAUUCAAGCGGGAACUUUGCAACCACUGAAGAAGCUGACAGUGUUCUAUGGAAAUGACAAUGACAUCAUGCACGUAACAAGAGAGCUUUUUGCCAGCUUGGAGCAUCUUGUUAAACUGCGCCUGGAUGGCAAUGGAAUAGAACGCUUGCAGGAUUCAGUUUUUAAAGACUUAACCAACCUACGUUAUCUCCAUCUGGAGUCCAACCAGCUGCAGCACAUUCACAAAAACGCCUUUUCCAAACUCGCCCACCUGCGCUUUCUCAACUUGUCUCACAAUAAGCUGACAGCCCUGCGAGGUGCCCUCACAUUUUCCAAUCUCCAAGCCUUGACAACUUUGCUCCUCUCUGAAAAUGCAAUCCAGCACGUCGGAAAUAAAGUGUUCCAACAUCUACAAAGACUCUCCAGACUCUCUCUCAGUCACAACAGGAUUUCUCAUCUGGACAGAGGGGCUCUGCUCGGCCUGUCAAGCCUCAGAGAGCUUCUCAUUGACGGGAAUGAGCUGGGGGAGAUCCCAUCUGGGCUUCUGGAUCCUCUGGAGCUCGUCGAGCAUUUGGACUUUAGUCGUAACCGCAUCUCUAAUAUUGACUCUUCGGCGUUCAUGCACCUUAAACACCUACGGGUGCUGAAGCUGAAGAAUAACAUCCUAACCAGCCUUUCUGGGGACAUUUUCAGACUAAAUAACUUCCUUCAUGAUGUGGAUCUCCAUGGUAACAACUGGACCUGUGACUGCCGCCUGGAGGGGCUGAAAAGUUGGAUGUCCGCAACACAUUCUCAGGGGAAAAUGUUGGAUGUCUUCGUGCAAUGUCGUCACCCGGCAUCCCUGAGGGGGGCAUACCUGGACAAUGUGAACAGUUCCCAGCUGGAGGCCACCGGGAAUUUGACUCAUUUGUGCAGGAGCCGAGGCGGACCAGAGGAGAGUCAGGGAGGGAAGGUGUGGAUGAAGAUGAUGCAGGAAAACCGAGGAAGGCAUCCAAUGCAACAACAGGAGGAGACAGUAGGGAAUAGAGAAGGACAGGUGCAAGGAGACCAAGGGGGGACAGAACCAGAACCGUCUCCUUCUAUUGAACAAAAGAAGGACUCCCUCAGAUCCAUGUCACCAGCAGAUGUACUCCGAAAACGUGCCAAAAUAGGUCAGAAAUCCACCACAGCACAAUCACGGCAGGGCUUUCCUACACCAAGCCAUGCUGGGAACCAGAGGAGAACCCCCACCACUUCAGUCCCAUCAUUUGAUCUUCUGAGGAUGGAUCACAAGGGGGGUGCACCUGUCUUCACAGAUCCAUGCGUCUUCAACCGCCUCUUCAUCACGAAUGUAACAGUGGACCAGGUAACAAGCAGUACCGUCACCGUCCACUGGACAACGCGGGCAAAUGUAGGCCUUGAUGAAGUCCAGUAUCGGAUUUUGUUUGACAGAUUUGGGACACCGGACCGCUUCCCACGUUAUGUUUACGUCCCUGGCUCAUCCCGCUCUGUGACCCUGCAGGAGCUCCGCCCGGAUGUCACCUACAUGGUUUGUGUAGAAGGUGUGGUCGCAGGUUCCAUGUGUCAAGUGGCCCCCCGUGACCACUGCUCAGGUCUGGUCACUCUUCCCGAGCAGCACGCCUCAGCGACUUCUGACCUCCAGCUGGUGACGGUUCUGACUGUGGCCGGGAACGCCGUGCUGCUGCUCGUAGUGGGAGGAGUCUGGCUGGGGCGGAGCCUAAAGAAGAAGCUGCAGAGGAGGAAGUCGGCGGUUCAUGUGCGCCACAUGUACUCCACCAGGAGACCUUUUCGGGCCAACACGACGAGCGCGUCCGUGUCCGCUGACUUUACCAGCUAUCAAAGUAGUCGCCCGGCUCGUCUUGUACCACCAAAACUGGGAGACCUCAUCGAGUUCGGCUGCGAUCGCUUUCAGGAUACUGGUUCCUCUUGCAGAGACAAUGACAUGUCCAGAUUCUCUGACUAGCGUCGUUAAUGGGCACACUGCAUUGAAGCAACCGUUUUUAUGACAGUAAACCAUAGAAAUUAAACUUGGCUAUACUUUAGAGCAGUGGUCCCCAACCUUUUUUGACCCAGGGACCGGCUUGUGUUCCCACAAAUCUCACGUACAUUAUAGCGAUCUAAUUUAUGUUAUUUGUUAUGUAUUGUGUAAAACUAAGACAUGAAUAACAUCAAAUUAAAAGCACAAAAUGAAUGCCGACCCACCAUCCACCAGUUCAAGUUUUUCCAGAAAGAUUCAAACGCUGUUUGACGUGUGUGGUAAUAGGCAGUGCGCUAGCAUGAAUUAACUUGACACAAAUGUGCACAUUAGCACUCAAUAAGUCAUCAAAACUUACCUUUAUGCAUUCCCACAUAGUAUCAGCAUUUGAGACCUAAUAUGAGGUGAAAGAAAAAUGGUAAAAAUACAGUAGUAGUCUAUCUGUGCGGCAUGAGAUAAAGUUAGCACACGCACAAUUGGACAUGCGUCAAGUGAGACGGAUGUAACAGAGAGAAUCCGGCCACUUUUCAAAAUAAAACAUAAAAACAAUGAAAUAAUGGAAAUGAUUUUUUUCUUUCUGUGCGGCCUGGUACCAAAUGACCCACGGCACUGUACCGGAGCGCGGCCGGGGGUUUGGGGACCGCUGCUUUAGAGUAGUCAGUGUACAGCUUCUACAGCAGUAUACAUUUACUAUGCACUGAAAAUGACUCAACACACAGCCAUUAAGAUUCAAGAGAGAUUCAAGCGAUUAAUGUCUAAAUAGCGUCGCUGCAUGAGUGCUGCUGGCACUGGGGAGCUGCGGUUCACUGGAGUGCAACAAAAAAUGAAUUCCAACAUGUGCUGUGACAUUGUGAAGCCGAGCAUGAGCCCCCUCCCUUGUGAAACUGGGUCACAUAGUAGUUUUCCAACAUAACAAGCCCAAACACACCUGCGAGAUGCUAACCUUCACAGCCAAUAAUGGUUGUGUGUUGAGUGGAUAGUUAAUCUAAACUGCUAUAAGAGGCUGUACACCGACUUCUCUAAGUCCUAAGUUCUAUUUCUAUAUUAUUGUCCCUUAAGAGUGUAUAAUAUAAUGCUGAAAUGUAAGGGGUGUACUCGUGUACAAAUAAGUAGCUUUAGACUUGUGUUUUUCUAUUGGCAGUAAAGCAAUAAUAGAGCAUUUAGAUCAUUAGGGCCUUUUCAGAGCCCAAAGGAAGGCAAAUCUACAUCCUCUUCCCUUGCCCUGUGCCUUUUAUUUCCUCCCACCUGCUAGUGUUGUGGUUUUAAAUGUUUUAUUUGGAUGUGUGCAUGAAUGAUGGAUCACUGAUUUCAACCGUGGUGCUAUUUUUGACUUUUAAUAGACGUAGUUUCAUGUUGUCUAUCAUGUGUUAUACUCUCUAUUGGGGAUCUUUCAUGUCAUAUUUGAGUGCUUUGAACAAGGGAUUUGUAUGUCG